AUGAACAGAGAAAUGAAGCGCGGAGAGGAGGAGGAGGAGGGGCGCGAGCCCACAGGUGAGGAGGAGGAGGAGGAGGGGCGCGAGCCCACAGGUGAGGAUGAGGAGGAGGGGCGCGAGCCCACAGGUGAGGAGGAGGAGGGGCGCGAGCCCACAGAUGAGGAGGAUGAAGGUGAGGACGAUGAAGAGCAGAAAAACAAAGAUGGCGGCGAUGAAGAUGCUGCUACCACAAAGAAGACCGUGUGUGCAGACAGGAAGUGUGUUCCAGGUAUCCUCUACCUGGGUCACAUCCCUCCGAGGCUCCGCCCCAAACACCUGAGAAACCUUCUGUCAGUUCACGGAGAGAUUGGACGCGUCUUCCUACAGCCAGAAGACAGCCAGGUGAGGAGGAGGAAGAAGAAGUCGGGAUUGCGCAGAUGCGACUUCACUGAAGGGUGGGUGGAGUUCAGAGAUAAGCGGGUGGCGAAGCGAGUGGCGGCGUCGCUGCACAACACGCCGAUGGGAACCAGGAAGCGGCAGCGGUUCUCCUCAGACCUGUGGUGCAUCAAGUACCUGCACAGGUUCCAGUGGACUCACCUGAGCGAGCGCUUGGCCUACGAGCAGACAGUGCUGCAGCAGAGACUCCGAACCGAAGUGUCGCAGGCCAAGAAGGAAACCAGCUUUUACCUGAACAAUGUGGAGAAGAGCGCUCACCUGGACAAGCUGAGGAAGAAGAGGCAGAGAGACGGAGAACAGGUGGACGAGAAGACGUGGGACUUCACUCAGCGUCAGACAGAGGAGGAGAUCCAGAGGAAGAAGAAGAAGAAGAAGGACUUGCUUGCCCAGAAGCACCUGGACAAAGCCCGCCUCCUCCAGCAGAAGAGCCAAUCAAACGUCUCACUGCUGGCCAAGAUCUUCAACUCCAACCAAUCAGAGAGACAGCAGGGAGGUACCUGAUUGGCUGUUGGACUGUUUUCAAAGACACUUUGUGGUAAACGCUGUAACGCCCACCAUCAGCAGCCAAUCACAGCUGAGAAGGAGGCGGAGCCAACGACCCUGGAUCCAGUCAGAUCAAGAGGCGUUCACAUCGUCGUUCUUCAGGACGAGUGACUUCCACACUUUGAGAAUCUGCAGCUGAACUCUGGUUGUGAUUCCAGGUUCAGAUUCUGCAGGUUAACUCCUCAUAGCUGUGGCUCCAGAUGUCUUUCAUGCAGUUCCUUCAGGUUCCUGCAUGAACUUUAGGCUGGUUUGGACUUUCUACAACCACUAAUAAUUUUUUUGAUAUUCUGUAGAGAUUUUGUUUUUUCCUUGUAUGAUAUCAGAUUUUGUCAGUGUUACUCCAAAUAAACAAACAUUUAAGGUAAACAUAAACAAUAUGUUUCCCAAAGAUGA